AAGGACUUUUUGGGCUCUCCGGCACAUGCCGAUGCAUUGAUCGGGAAAGAAGUGACUCACAAAAUUAGGUCAAAGAAAAAGCACGUCAUUUAAGAAAAAAACGACAAAAUAUGCCGGUGUGGUAGAGAACUGUAGAAGACUGAUGACCCACGAAAAAGUGAAGCUAAAAGUACAAGUUGUCAGGAGUUUCCAAUGGAAUUUUCAGAUAUAAACAAAGAGUCUCCUUUGUUCGCAGUGUUCUGCCAAUCAGGUCACGACUUGACAGGGAGGUCCCGCCUUGCAAUGAGGUUCGGCUGAGCAUUGCGGAAUUAGACCACAAAACACAGAUAGUAGAAGUUAGCGAAUGUUUGUUUAAGCUGCAAUGCAAAUUUCCUCGAGCAUAGGUUUCUGAAUUAUGUACUGACAACGAGAAUCAGCUGGAAGAGGGAAAGCGACAGAGAAAAAUAAGAAGACCAAGACGCAUUAUGUUCAAUUUCCAUCGUCCCAAAACUUACCGCAGCCUCACGGGUUGCUGCAUUUGUGGUGCAAAAUCAUCUAGUUCAAGAUUCACAGACAGUAAACGCUAUGAAGCAGACUUCCAGAAAUGUUUCCGCAUGCAUGAAAGGAGAACAGGAGAUAUAUGCAAUGCUUGUGUGCUACUCGUAAAAAGGUGGAAGAAACUUCCUGCCGGUACAAACAGACAUUGGAAUCAUGUUGUAGAUGCACGUGCUGGCCCAGGUUCACGUGCACUCAUGCUUCGAAACAAGCAACAAGGUCCAGUAUCUUCCCCAAAAAAGAAAAAAUCUCUCAGUAAAGAUACAUCAAGGAAUAAGCACAAACACAAAAAGAAGCGAAGACCAAGAAUUGAUUCUGGAAGUAACUCUGAAGGUGUAGAUGAAGGCUACAGUGAGACAUCAGGACCUCCCUCUGUGAAUCGACAAAGUCCAGAAUUGAGUGAAUCUGAAGAUGAAAACAGCAGAGAUUCAACAUCGAAGUACAGACAAUUGGUGUCAAAGCUCAGUCCAUUCCUUGACCUUAAAUAUUGGAAGAUGACUCAAGUUUGCUGUGGUAUCAUAUUCAAGGGCUUAAAUGGAGAAGUAAUGAUUGAUCCAUCACUUCUUAAACCAUGUGCUGGAUGCAGAGCUUCCAAGACAAAGAAACAGACAAAAGAAAAGGGAGUGGAACAAACAGAAAGCAUGAAAACAAAAGAACCUCAGAAAAUGGAACAAGACGAUGAUGAAGAAGAUGUUGUUGAUGAUGAAAUGCCUCAUUUAGAGGCAGAAGUGCCAUACACUAAUCACCAAAAAUCCAAAUUUGAGUUGCCGCUAGAUCUGACUUACAAAAGUACCCCUGCUUUUCUCCAGUCAGGCCCUGUGCCUUUGGAAGCAGAAAUCUAAGUUAAUGUGAAUGUAUGGAUCUCUUUUUUUAAAAUUGUAAACUAUUUUAUUUCUAGAAGCUGAGCAAAUGAAAGAUAAGUGAUGGAAUAAUUUUGAUUUGAGCUACAUCAUUUGUACCUCUGCUCAUUUAGAUCUCAUUUGCUGCAGAUGACAUUGAAAAAUAUCUAUUUCUCACACAUGGAACUGUGUGAUAAUGUUGUCAUUGAACUGUGCUCAAUACAAUCAGUCCAUUUCCUUAUUAUUUCGUUUUAAUGUUUUAUGUGUAUUUUUGUCCAUCAGUGUGAUGGUUGACUGUAUUGUAGGCAUUGUUCAAGGUGUAUUGUGAUUGCUCACCAAUUGGUGACAGUGUGCCAGGGCAUUACGGACCUCACUUUGUGAUCAAAAUAGAACAAUUAUAGUUGACUACCUCUGUUUCUGUGAGCGAGAGGAAUUUGUUUUAAUGGAAAGAAAGUGUUUGGUGGUGUAAGUUAUGUGGAGAUGUUGACUCAACACAUCUUUGGACUGAAUGUCAGUAUGUGAGUUAUUUUUUAACAAUAAUAUGAUGAUUAAGGAGCUUGCCUAGAAAUUUUAAGCAACUUUGUGUACAUUAUCACUUUCACAGAAGAAUUAGAAAUGAUUUUUCUAUCAAUUUGUAAAUGAAGUAAAAGUAACAUUCCUCAUGCAAAUGGUUUGAACAUCGUCUCCAGUUAUAUUUGUCAUAUUAUUUGUGGAGAGGAAUACAGCAGCACUGUGUAAAACUGAAGCAUGCCAAAGAUAUCUAAAAUUAUUCAUUUUAAUUUUCCAACAAUGACAUAACACAUUUGAUUGUGAUGAACAGUGAGCAGAUGUUUAUAUUCAAAAUUUCAGAAAUAGAAAAUGGUCAAUUAAGUUUUUUUUUUCUUCCAUAUCAGAUCCAUGUUGGUUUUAUUAUUUUUUCUUAAAUUUCAAACUAUUGUUUUGGUGUGUGAUAUUUUAAUGUGUAGAAUAUACUUUUGAAUAUCUAUGGUGCUGCAGCUGCCUCUGCUGAAAUUUUAUCAGCCAUUUUUCUACUUUGUAUAAAUGCUUGUUUUAAAACUGAACUGCUGUUGCUUAAAAAAAAA